AUGCGCCGAGCUAGCCGAGACUACGGCAAGUACCUGCGAGGCUCCGAGGAGAUGGGUAGCUGCGGAUCCGGUGUCCCGCACGAGACGCCCCUGCACCCCGCGCAGCCUCCCGCGCCCGCCGCGCCGCCCCCGACGCACGCGGCCUCCCGCUCCAUGUUCGUGGCGCUCCUGGGGCUGGGGCUGGGCCAGGUGGUCUGCAGCGUGGCUCUGUUCCUGUACUUCCGAGCGCAGAUGGAUCCUAAUAGAAUAGCAGAAGACAGCACUGAGUGCAUUUACAGAAUUUUUAGCCUUCGUGAAAAUGAUAUGCAAGACACAAGCGUAGAGAGUGAAGAUACCAGAUUAAUACCAGAUUCAUGCAGGAGAAUUAGACAGGCCUUUCAAGGAGCUGUACAAAAGGAAUUACAACACAUAUUUGCAUCACAACACAUCAGAGCAGAGAGAGUUGUGGAAAAUCCGUCACCUGGUCUGACCAGUAGGGGCAAACUAGAAUCUCAACCUUUUGCUCAUCUCACUAUUAAUGCCACCAACAUCCCAUCAGGUUCCCAUAAAGUGAGUCUGUCUUCUUGGUAUCAUGAUCGGGGCUGGGCGAAGAUCUUCAACAUGACUUUGAGGAAUGGAAAACUAAUAGUUAACCAAAAUGGCUUUUAUUACCUGUAUGCCAAUAUUUGCUUUCGCCAUCAUGAAACAUCAGGGGACCUACCCAACGAGUAUCUUCAGUUGAUGGUCUAUGUCACUAAAACAAGCAACAAAAUCCCAAGUUCUCAAACUCUGAUGAAAGGAGGAAGUACAAAAUAUUGGUCUGGGAAUUCUGAAUUCCAUUUUUAUUCCAUAAACGUUGGAGGAUUUUUUAAACUCCGAUCCGGUGAAGAAAUAAGUAUUGAGGUAUCCAAUCCUUUCCUGCUGGAUCCGGAUCAAGAUGCCACGUACUUUGGGGCUUUUAAAGUUGGAGAUAUAGAUUGACAUCUGUUUGGUGGAGCAGUCGCACACAUUUUUUGAGAUAUUUGGAAACUUUUUUCAAAACAAGUCAAGAAAGAUGUAUAUAGGUGUAUAAGACUACUAAGAGGCAUGGCCCAAAUGGUACAAAACUCACGAUCUGUAAAUGCAUGAGUGUUUACAGCCAGUGGGAGAUAUGCGGUUCUUGGCCAUGGUGGUCACACAAUGGUUUUAUAAUUUUGUAAUCAAUUCAUAGAAUUAAACCAGACUGGAGCAAGUGUGGUUGCCCUGACUUAUAGAAAGGGCUCAUUUUUCCAUGGUUAGGUGCUACCAGGGACCUGAAAGCCGAGAGGGCAUUGUGUCAUAGCUGAUGAACCAUCACCUGAAGGGUUAAAUUCUUCCGAAUUGUUACAUCAUGCUGGAACCUGCGAAUAAAUACUUUUUCUAGUGAGGAGAGAAAAAAAUAUGUAUUUUUAUAUAAGGUCUAAAGUUAUAUUUCAGAUGUAAUGUUUUCUGUGCAAAGUAUUGUAAAUUAUAUUUGUGCUAUAGUAUUUGAUUCAAAAUAUUUAAAAAUUUCUCACUGUUGACAUAUUUAAUGUUUUAAAUGUACAGACGUAUUUAACUGGUGCACUUUGUAAAUUUCCUGGGGAAGACUUGCAGCUGAGGGAGCAGGGUGGGUGGAGGAAUACUGGUUUUCUAAUAUCACAUGUAGUAUAUUUCUUCAUUCUUUGUAAUAAUAGAUUUUUCAGACUUGUCAAGCCUAUGCAAAAAAAUGAAAAUAGAUGCUUUGAAUAAUAAACAGGAUGUGGUCACCAGGUGCUUUUCAAAUUUAGAAGCUAAUUGACUUUAGAAAGCUGACAUUGACAGAAAGGAUACAUAAUAGGCUACUGAAAUCUAUCAAGAGUAUUUAUAUUAUUAUUGAACAGGUGUCUCUUUUCUUUUUCAAGUGUUUCAAAUUGUAAACUUUGAGGUGUUCUUUUUUCCCCUAGAAAAGUUAGUAGUGGUUU